AAGAAGAAAAAGAAAACGAAGCAACUCUACUUCCUAUUGGCUUCUUUCCAUCUAUUCUCUGCUUCUUCCACACACCAAACAUAUUCAUGCUGCCACUCCCCAAUCCCUAAUCUCAACACUUUUUCUGUUUACCGAUCAGCUUCGACCCUGAACCCCUGUUUUCGCCCAGACCCUGACUCUACUUUUCCUUGGCGGCGGCAGUGGUGGGUCAGUUAGUUCAAGACACUGGCGAUUAGAGAGAAAGAAAGAAAGAAACAAACAAAUGAGUAAGCUGCAAAUUUCAGAGACAGAGAGUAGCUCUAACUCUUUGUGCUCUCCUCCGUCAUCACCCUCAUCUCCCGGUUCAACUCAUUCACACACUAACUCAACUACUACUGUGGACGUCAAACCCGAUGCCAGUUUGGAUUCUAACAAGAGGAUUAAGAGACUGAGGGAUUCGAGCAUGCACCCAGUUUACCGUGGCGUCCGAAUGCGAAGCUGGGGCAAGUGGGUGUCCGAAAUCCGGGAGCCACGCAAAAAAUCACGCAUUUGGCUCGGCACCUUCCCCACACCGGAAAUGGCGGCCCGCGCCCACGAUGCCGCCGCUUUAAGCAUCAAAGGCGACUCAGCGAUUCUCAACUUCCCUCAACUGGCCAACUCGUUGCCUCGACCCGCGUCAUUAGCGCCCCGUGACGUCCAAGCCGCGGCGACCAAAGCUGCCCAAAUGGAACAAUUUGAGUCUCCUCCAUCGUCUUCCACAUUGUCUUCUUUGGUUUCUCAUAUGGACUUGUCUUCAGGGUCGGACGAGUUAAGCGAGAUAGUUGAGCUGCCGAGUCUGGGGCCGAGCUAUGACUCCGUUGAGUUGAAGACUGAGCUGGUGUUUAUAGACUCGGUGGAUGAGUUGUUUUAUCCACCACCAUGGCUUCAAAGCUUGGAAGAUUGUGGGUAUGUUUGCGAUCAAUUAAUAGUGCCAGAGAAGGUUUUGCAAAAUGGUUUCGAAGAAAGCUUGCUAUGGGAGUAUUAGUGUUCUUCUGUGGUUAAUGAAGGCCAGUUUGUAUCUUUUAUCUUUUUUUGAGCCUUUUUGCUGUAUUUCUUUCAAGGGUAAAAAAACUCGUUUUUUGCUA